AUGACUGUUACUUUGAAAGCAUCCACUGCUACAUUAAAAUUGAACACCGGGGCCAAUAUUCCUGAAAUUAGUUUAGGUACAUGGCGUUCCCUUGGUGCCACAGAUGGGUACGACUCCGUCAUUGCUGCUCUGAAGGCUGGUUACAGACAUAUCGAUACCGCUGCAAUUUAUGGUAAUGAGGAUCAAGUUGGGAAGGCCAUUAGAGAUUCUGGUAUUCCACGUGAAGAAAUCUUUGUCACUUCUAAAUUAUGGAAUACUCAACAACAUAACCCUGCAGGUGCCUUGAAGGAUACCUUAAGUCGUUUAGGUUUGGAUUACUUAGACUUGUAUUUGAUGCACUGGCCAGUCACUUUUAAUACAAGAAAUGUUAAGGGAACCGAUUUCAUGGUCAUUCCUAAGAAUGAAAAUGGGAAGCCUGAUAUUGAAAUGGAUACUUGGAAUUUCGUGAAGACUUGGGAAUUGAUGCAAGAAUUACCAGCCACAGGAAUGACCAAAGCUGUUGGUGUUUCCAAUUUCUCCAUUAAUAACUUGAAAGAACUGUUAACUUCCCCAGGUAACAAAUUGACCCCUGCUGCAAAUCAAAUUGAAAUUCACCCUUUAUUGCCUGAACAUGAUUUGAUUAAAUUUUGUAGAGAAAAAGGAAUCAUGAUUGAAGCUUAUUCUCCAUUGGGUAGUAUUAAUGCUCCAAUUUUAAAAGAGCCAAAGAUUAUCGAAAUCUCCAAGAAGUUAGAUGUCCCCCCAGCUCAAUUGAUUAUUAGCUGGCAUGUACAGAGAGGUUAUGUAGUCUUGGUGAAAUCAACUCAUGAGGAAAGAAUCAUUGCCAAUCGUAAAGUAUUUACUCUAUCAAAAGAAGAUUUCGAAGCUAUCAAAAACCUGGCCAAAGAGAAAGGAACUCUGAGAGUGGUUGACCCAGACUGGUCACCAUUCCCAUUGUUUAAGUAG